AUGAAUUUAAAUAUCAAUAUCAAUAGUCCCUUAAUUCAAGAAUUCAAAAGCAUAUUACCUUAAAGAGAUCCAAUCUAUGCUCAUCUUGAUUAUGAAUAAAUUCAAAUAAUAACAAACGAAAAGUAUUCGUUGAUAAUAGUUACAAUUAAUUCUCGCGAAUCUUAAGAUCAAAGAAUAGAAAUGGCUGAAUAAUUAGUCAAUCAUUAAAGGAUGAUUAAUUAAAGGUUAAGAAACCUUGGUUUAAAUGGGAUAUUGGUAGAUAUUAUCAAGCACGAGAUUAUUAAAUAAGAUGAUUAAGUGUAUAUAAUCUGCAAAACAAUGAGACUUUCAAAAUAGAAAGGUCAAGUGAAUUUAGGUCUAGCCAAUUGCAUUGAAUUUUAUACAGGGUUAGAGCUGAAGGGAGUUCGACCAUAAAUAGUUAUGCACAUUGAAGAUUUGGGUCUGAAUAAAAUAAUACCCUUCACUUUUAUGGAGAGCAUUUUAAAUGAAGACAAUUAUGAAUAUCCAGCCUAAUUGGAAUAAAAUGGUUAAUUAGACUAGAAUGCCAAUGGUAUUCACUCCUAAAAUUAGUCUGCCAUAAUAAUAAUAUACAAUGAUCAACUUGUUUAAUUCAAAAAAUUGAGUGAGAUGAAAGAUAUUCAUAUAUUAAAGUAUUUGGAAUUGACUUCUGGUGUAAAAAUAAGUGAUGUGCUAAAGAAAAGCAGCACAAGUAUUGUGAAUGAUAAAAUUCAUUACCUAAACUAAGAAGGGGAAACGUUUGGAAUUGGUGAUGUUGGAGAGAGAGGAAAUGUUGAAUUGAAUAUUAAGAUUAAAUAAUAAUGCUAUGUAUUCAGGGCAGAAUGGAAUCACAUGAAAGAGUUGAUUAAUUAAAGAAUAGAUGGAUAGUCUUUUGAGUAACUUCCGAAUAAUUUGUUUACUCCUAUAGACAAUGCUAUUUUGAGUCAUUUCAACCAUUAUGAGUUUGAUCAAAGAGGUUCUUUAAUAUUUUUAAAUUGCUCUCAUAAAGGGGAUGUGAAAAACAAAGUUAUAAUAAUAAACAAAUAGAUUAAAAGAUAAAUUUGGUUCAUUGCAUUGAAAACUCUACUUACAAUUCUAUAAAUCAAUAUAUAGAAUGCUAUUUAUUAAGAUUAGAAAUUGUAUUUAAGGACCUUAUGCAAAUUAAAUCAAAAGAUUCCAAUUCUACAAGUAGAAAUACAAGCAGAUCUGAAGGAAGAAGACUUUAAUCUAAUUUUGGAUUAGUGCAAUUUGAAUCCUCAUUUGGAAUCAUUCAUACUUGAUGGUUCCGCGUUUAAGGAUGCCAUUCUUUCUGGUCUAAUUUAAGGAAACAAUCUUAAAAGCAUUAAAGAAUUAAGUUUUAAGGGAUGCCAAAAUAUUACUGAUGAAGGCAUUUCCCUUUUAUAAAAUUUCGGAGUCUAAAAAUUGGACUUAUCUUUCACUCAAAUAUACUUAUCAGUACCACAGCAUUUAUAGAUUUUAAAUAUAUCAUACAGCAGAUUCAAAGAGGAAACUCUGUUGCAACUACUUAGAGAUAAAUCAUUAGUGAAUCUAAUAUCGAUAAACAUUAGUGGAUUAGCAUCGGAUAAGCUUAUUUAAGUAAUUUUUAGUUGUCAUUACAAAGAACUGAGAGUUUUAAUUGCUAAUGAAUGUAAGUUAUCUUUAUCUGUAUUUCAUCACAUUCAUGAUUCUAAACAUGUGAAAUAGUUGGAUCUAUUGAGUUUUCAAGGAUCAAUUACAGAUGUUGAGGAGAGCAUCUUUAAAAAAAAUGGAUAUGCAUUGUUGGGAGCAAGCAAAACCAAAAUAAACAAGUUGGAUCUAGCCAAUUGCUAUAUAAAUGAUAAAUUGAUUUAAUCCAUGGUUGAGGCAGGGAAAUUACUGAAAAACCUCAGAGUGAUAUCCUUAUCUGGAUGUAGAUAUAUAUCUGAUAAAUCAAUUUAUUUAUUGUGUGAUGCUCAUUAUACAUCAACAAGUCAAUUAAAAAGCUUAGACAUCUCUAAUUUACCAUAAAUAACUGAAUCCUCCUUGGAGUACUUAACAAAUAAACCUCUGAAGAAUCUAUCAGAUUUGAAUUUGGCAUACUCUACUUAGAUAUAAGCUGAACAUCUGAAAAAGGCUUUUGAUACAGGAAAAUUUAACCAAUUAAAAUACUUAGGAAUUAGUGGAACAAGUGAAAGUGGAGGAUAAGCAGAUAUAUUCAAAUUUAGUAUACCAGAAUUGUGUACCUAUUAUAUCAGAAAUCACUUAUCUGAAAUUUAAUUAGUAGAAAUUUAUACAUCAACAAAAAAUAUUUAAAAUAUCUCAACAGCUGUGUUAAAUUUGUUGCAAACUUAAAUUCUUACUAAAAUAGUAACCACAGAUUAAAUCAUUUUAGAACCAGAAACAUAUGAUUUGUUUAAGAGUAGUUUGGGAUGCGAAAGAUUACUUCUCAAUAACAAACCACUUUAAUUAGACAAUUAGGAUAAAUCUGGAUAAUUAGACUAACUAACAGCAAAUCAAUUUUAUGAGAAAUUACUCAAAUAACAUCAGAAUGUAAUUAUUAAUAAUACAGAAAUAAAAUUUAUAAGAUUGAUGUAUAAUUUUUAGACAAUUAAAAAAAUUUGUUUUAAAAAAACUGAAAUACUUGAUAAAGAUAUCUUUGGCAUUUGUUAGAAUCUGACUUUAUAGGAAAUAAAUAUCAAAAGUUGCAAAAAACUAACUUUUAAAAGUUUGAUUUACUUAUAGAAGCUUUCAGACACUUUGAUAAAUAUAGAUUUUAGAGGAACUAUAUUUGAAAAUUUAUAUGGAACUUUAAAAUAACUGCAAUAUUUUCCUUAGCUUCUAUACUUAAAUGGAGGAAAAUUAAAUAUUGAAAUUAUAAAUAUCAACUAAACAAAUCAUGUCAUACAAGAAUUAAAACACUUGCCCUCAUUGUGGAUGCAAUUAGAAUAAAUUAAAUCUUUUAAAUUAACAAUACGAGCUCAUUAUAUUUAAACUUUUAAAUUUAUCUUUAAGACUCUUUCUUUAUUGCUAAAUAAAAAUUAAGAUCUAAUUACCUAAAUGUCAUUGCAACUAUAUCAAUUUAAAGUCAUUCAAGACAAAUCACUUUAAUUAUUUCAUAACAGUCUAUUAAAUUUACGAUUUCUGAAGCAUUUUCAUCUUGGAUUUUAAAGCAUGAAAAAUAUCUCACUUUUAACAUUAAAAAACAUGAUCAUAAGUCUAUCUAGUUUGGACUCAUUGAAAUCCCUUUCCAUUAGUUUGGAUGAUUGCGAAUUAUAAUUUGUAGAUGAAGAUCUGUUUUUGGCAUCCACUAUAUUUGAAGGAAUUAGAAAUAUGAAAUUAUAAAAUUUCAGUUUCUCAUCUAAUGACACAGUCACAUAUGAUCAAUCAAUCUUUUCCAGUCUAUUUAAAUACAUGUCCGAGAAUGACACCUUAAAUUAAGUUUGCCUGAGUUUUCAAAGACAUGCAAUAAGCAGGGAAAAUUUAUCAGAAUUAUUCCAAACCUUGAAAGAAUUGAAUUUAUAAAGUUUAAGCUUAAAUUUUGAAUAAAGUGAAGUUAAAUAUACAAGAUAAAUUUGGGCUGAAUUAUUAGAGGUUUUAAGAAUGAAUUAUAGUUUAUUGCACCUAGAACUCAAUUUUAAUCAUACAUUUGAGUUGACAGAUAUGGACAUUCUAAAUAUUAUAGAUGAACUAUAUUGCAUGAAAUUGACUACAUCAUGUGUAUCAUUGAUAGGUUGCUAUCAUAAUGAGAAGAGUAUCAAAGAAUUCACAAAUGAGGAUGUUAAAAAUUAUUAAUUUUUUAUAUGA